AUCAAACAAGCCUUUGAUUCAUGAACUCUGUUCAAGUAACCUGAAUUUCCACCAGCCAGAACCACGUGCUUUUCAUCGAUCGUCGUCUCCUCCGUCGUCAUCUUCCGUGUUUCUUUUUUCUCUGCGCUUAUCCUUCGAUGAUACUUCCACAGUGGUGAAUGUACGCAAGUUCGGCAUCAACCAACCCAUCGGCGAUUUGUCGACACUAGACCUAGCUUAACUCAGAUUGGAUUGCCCGAGCUCCAAGAUUGAAGCCGUAAACCCUGGAAUCCUUCUGAACUUCGGACCCCAAUUCUAAUAUUCGAGUCUGGGUUUGAAUUAAGGAACUGGGAAUCGGGUUUGGGCGGAAAAUCCGAUCAAAGUUACGAACUUUGGUUCGGUACCGGAGAAGAAGAUGGAGCAGCUGAAGACCAUUGGGCGGGAGCUCGCAAUGGGAUCGCAAGGCGGGUUCGGUCAGUCGAAGGAAUUCCUUGACCUUAUAAAGUCGAUCGGCGAGGCCCGAUCCAAGGCGGAAGAGGACCGGAUCGUGGUGAACGAGAUCGAAACCCUCAAGCGCCGCAUAGUGGAGCCGGAUAUCCCCAAGAGGAAGAUGAAGGAGUUCAUAAUGCGGCUCGUGUACAUUGAGAUGCUCGGCCAUGAUGCGUCCUUUGGGUACAUUCAUGCCGUGAAGAUGACACAUGAUGACAAUCUGCAGCUGAAGAGAACUGGAUAUCUUGCGGUGACAUUGUUUCUGAACGAGGACCAUGAUUUGAUCAUCUUGAUUGUGAACACGAUUCAGAAGGACUUGAAGUCUGAUAACUACUUGGUCGUCUGUGCAGCUCUGAAUGCCGUUUGUAGGUUGAUUAACGAAGAGACAAUUCCGGCCGUGUUGCCUCAGGUGGCGGACCUGUUGGGGCACGCCAAGGAGGCUGUUAGGAAGAAGGCUGUCAUGGCACUCCACAGGUUUUACCAGAAGUCUCCAUCUUCUGUUCUUCACCUUGUCUCCAAUUUCAGAAAGAAGCUAUGCGAUAGUGAUCCUGGUGUCAUGGGUGCUGCUCUCUGUCCUCUUUUCGAUCUUAUUACAAUCGAUGUUGAUUCCUAUAAAGAUUUAGUGGUGAGCUUUGUGAGCAUUCUCAAGCAAGUAGCUGAAAGGAGAUUGCCUAAGAGCUAUGAUUAUCAUCAAACACCUGCUCCAUUCAUACAGGUAAAAUUGCUGAAAAUUUUGGCUCUACUUGGAUCUGGUGACAAAAAAACAAGUGAACACAUGUAUACCAUUGUUGGUGAAAUAAUGAGAAAGUGUGAUUCAACAACUAAUAUAGGAAAUGCUAUUCUAUAUGAAUGCAUUUGCUGUGUUUCCUCCAUCCAUCCAAAUCCCAAGCUACUAAAAUCUGCAGCAGAUGCAAUUGCCAAGUUUUUCAAGAUCGAUAGCCAUAAUCUCAAGUAUUUAGGCAUUGAUGCACUUGGAAGAUUGAUAAAGAUUAGCCCAGAAAUUGCGGAACAACACCAGCUAGCUGUAAUAGAUUGCCUAGAGGACCCAGAUGACACCCUAAAGCGAAAGACUUUUGAGCUUCUUUAUAAAAUGACAAAGUCGUCAAACGUGGAAGUUAUUGUGGACAGCAUGAUUGCUUACAUGAUAAGCCUGAAUGAUACCCAUUACAAAACUGAAAUAGCAUCUAGAUGUAUUGAACUUGCAGAACAAUUUGCCCCAAGCAAUCAAUGGUUUGUCCAGACAAUGAACAAAGUAUUUGAGCAUGCGGGGGAUUUAGUGAACAUAAAGGUUGCACAUAACUUGAUGAGACUGAUAGCAGAAGGGUUUGGAGAAGAUGAUAAUAGUGCUGACAGUCAGCUGAGAUCUUCUGCUGUUGAAUCAUAUUUGCACAUCAUGGGAGAGCCAAAACUUCCCUCUGUGUUUCUCCAAGUCAUUUGUUGGGUUUUGGGAGAAUAUGGAACUGCUGAUGGGAAGUACUCUGCUGCCUAUGCAACUGGGAAAAUUUGUGAUGUUGCAGAGGCACAUUCAACUGAUGACACUGUCAGGGCCUAUGCAAUAUCUGCACUUACAAAAAUAUAUUCAUUUGAGCUAGCAGCAGGAAGAAAAAUUGAUAUGUUGCCUGAGUGUCAAUCAUUUGUCGAAGAAUUACUAGCGUCCCACUCCACAGAUUUACAGCAACGUGCAUAUGAACUUCAAGCUGUCCUUAGCUUAGAUCCUCCUGCUCUUCAAAAUAUAAUGCCAAUGGAUGCAAGCUGUGAAGAUGUUGAGGUUGAUCAGAGCCUUUCCUUCCUCAAUGGCUAUGUUCAAGAGUCCUUGGAAAAGGGCGCCCGGCCUUAUAUCCCAGAGGCUGAACGCCAUGGAGCGUUGAACGCCGCUGUCUCUUACUCCAAGAAUCAAGACCACCAAAAUGGGACUUAUCCCCAUUCUCUGAGAUUCGAAGCUUACGAGCUCCCUAAACCCUCAUCAAUGGCUGCUGUUCCAAUUUCACUAUCCUCAUCUUCUUCCUCCUCCUCAACCAACAUUAUUGUUCCCAUUUCCCAACCUUCUUCCUAUCAUCAUGGAGAAGGAGCCUAUGAAAAAGCUUCUGCUUCCGAUUCUGGGAUCAAGCUCCGUCUUGAUGGUAAAGUCGUUGCCGAUGUUGAUCCAGAGAAACAGAAACUAGCCGCUUCGCUUUUCGGCGCCGGGUCAAAACCCGAAAGACGGCAACACUCUUCUGCAACUGCCCACCACAGCAGAGCUUCUUCCAACAGUGGCGUGCUGGUAAAACCGGCAACCCCACAGCCACCACCUCCGGACUUGCUUGACUUGGGUGGGGAACCGACCACUAGUGCCGCGACACCCACCGUAGCACAACCACUGAUGGAUGAUCCUUUCAUACAAUUGGAAGGCCUUCUUGAUGAUGUCAGCCAAGUCUCCCUUCAUGGCGACGCGGCGACGACUUCAAAGUGGCAAAUUGACACAAAUGGACAUGGAGGAAAUGCGGCACAGGAAGCGAGCAAGGGGCAAAAACCCAGAGAUGGCAUAGAAAAGGAUGCUCUUGUGAGGCAAAUGGGAGUGACACCAUCCACUCAAAAUCCCAACCUGUUCCGGAAUCUGCUCGGGUAAGUAUUUAUAUUAUAUAUUAUAUAUAUACACUCCGUAUAUAUUUUCGGGACCCACUCGUUUGAAUGUUUAUUUGGGUUAACCACCCAUGGUUAAAGCUAAACCUGUGCCAUGGUGUGGUAAACCUGGGAUUGUUUGUAUCAGUUAAUGGCAUGCAUGCACGGUUAGUGUAGAUAGUGAGGCCUGAUAGAGGAGAGGAAUUAGAGAGGCACAUGAACUUCACAUGAUUUCUA